AUGGACAAUCAAGCUACACAGAGGCUCAAUGACCUUUCGCUAGAACCAGCUCCUUCACACGAUGAACCAGAUGGUUCAGGACUAGUCAUGGACAUCGAUGAAAGAAAGAUUGGUGAUGAACAAACUGGUGUCGUAGUGGAUGAUGAUACUCCCCCCCUAGAGCAGCAAGAUUCACACGAAAGUUUAGAUGCAGAUUCUCGGAAUGCCAAUUUCUCGUAUCAUGAGAAUCAGCAGUUGUUAGAGAAUGGCACUAAACAGUGGGCCUUAGAUGAGCACGAUUCUCACUCUGCCAUCUUGGAGCAACCAUCGCAUUCUACCAAUUGUAGCUCUUCUAACAUAGCAGCGAUGAAUAAGGGCCAUGACUCUGCAGACCAUGCAUUUCAAAAUACCGGGGGUAAACCGAGGACCUUGUCUGCUAGUGCUCAGCACAUCUUGCCAGAGACGCUCAAGUCAUUUGUCACCGCGCCAGCAGUGAACAAGCAGACACGCACCUCUGCUUCCUAUAAAAUGGGAAUGCUGGCUGAUGAUGCCUCGCAGCAGUUUCUUGACGAUCCCUCUUCCGAGCUGAUUGACUUGUAUUCCAAAGUGGCAGAGUGUAGAGAUUUAAGAGCCAAGUAUCAGACCAUAUCUGUGCAAAACGAUGAUCAAAACCCAAAAAACAAGUCAGACUGGGUGGUCUACCCACCUCCCCCUAAACCUUCAUACAACUCGGACACUAAGACCGUUGUGCCAGUAACAAACAAACCGGAUGCGGAAGUUUUCGAUUUUACGAAAUGUGAAAUUCCUGGUGACGAUCUAGAUUGGGACUAUACCACCAAUGCUGAUGACUCAUACGUGGUACACAGAUCAGGUAAGACGGAUGAGUUAAUUGCACAAAUUCCCACCCUUCGUGAUUACUAUCUGGAUCUAGAAAAAAUGAUCUCCAUUUCAUCAGACGGUCCCGCCAAAUCAUUUGCUUAUAGAAGGUUACAAUACUUAGAGGCACGUUGGAACCUGUACUAUCUCUUGAACGAAUAUCAAGAAACUAGCGUUUCCAAAAGGAACCCACACAGGGAUUUUUAUAAUGUUAGAAAAGUGGACACCCAUGUUCACCAUUCUGCUUGCAUGAAUCAAAAGCAUUUAUUACGUUUUAUCAAGCACAAGUUGAGACAUUCCAAAGAUGAAAAGGUUAUUUUCAGGGAUGGGAAACUUUUAACGUUAGACGAGGUGUUCCGUUCUUUGCAUUUGACCGGUUAUGAUUUGUCCAUCGAUACUUUAGAUAUGCAUGCACAUAAGGAUACAUUCCAUAGAUUCGACAAGUUCAACUUAAAAUAUAAUCCUAUCGGUGAAUCGCGUCUUAGAGAAAUUUUUUUGAAGACAAACAACUACAUAAAAGGUACCUACUUGGCUGACAUCACUAAGCAAGUCAUAUUUGAUUUAGAGAAUUCAAAAUACCAAAAUUGUGAGUAUAGAAUCUCCGUUUAUGGUAGGUCGCUUGAUGAAUGGGAUAAACUAGCUAGCUGGGUCAUCGACAACAAAGUUAUUUCCCAUAACGUUCGUUGGUUAGUUCAAAUUCCGAGGUUAUAUGAUAUUUACAAGAAAACGGGCAUUGUUCAAAGCUUCCAAGAUAUUUGUAAGAAUUUGUUUCAACCAUUAUUCGAAGUGACCAAAAACCCUCAGUCUCAUCCAAAAUUACAUGUAUUCUUACAAAGAGUAAUUGGGUUCGAUUCUGUCGAUGAUGAGUCCAAGGUUGACCGUCGUUUUCAUAGAAAAUAUCCUAAACCAUCGCUUUGGGAAGCUCCUCAAAACCCUCCUUAUUCCUACUACUUGUACUAUUUAUAUUCAAAUGUCGCAUCUUUGAAUCAAUGGAGGGCUAAAAGAGGAUUUAACACUUUGGUUUUAAGACCGCAUUGUGGUGAGGCUGGUGAUCCUGAACAUCUGGUUUCAGCAUAUUUAUUGGCACAUGGUAUAUCGCAUGGUAUUUUAUUGAGGAAGGUGCCAUUUGUUCAGUACUUAUACUAUUUAGAUCAGGUUGGUAUUGCAAUGUCACCACUAUCUAAUAAUGCAUUGUUUUUGACCUAUGAUAAAAAUCCAUUCCCGAGAUACUUCAAAAGAGGUUUGAAUGUGUCACUAUCCACUGAUGAUCCCUUACAAUUCUCGUACACCAGAGAACCAUUGAUCGAAGAAUAUUCAGUUGCAGCACAAAUUUAUAAAUUGUCUAAUGUAGAUAUGUGUGAAUUGGCAAGAAAUUCCGUGCUGCAAAGCGGAUGGGAAGCACAAAUCAAAAAACAUUGGAUAGGGAAAGAUUUUGAGAAGAGCGGUGUUGAAGGUAACGAUGUGGUUAGAACAAAUGUUCCUGAUAUCAGAAUUAACUACAGAUACGAUACAUUAUCGACCGAACUGGAAUUGGUUAAUCAUUUUGCCAAUUUUAAGAAAACCAUUGAAGAAAACUGA